AUGUUUGUUUGGUGGUUUAUUGGUUCGAUUGGAUUCUUAUCUACGAGUAUUAUCUAUUGCGAAAAUAUUACUUCUACAACACCUGAUAACGAUGCAGAACCAGAAGAUGUUCACAUCAGUCUUGUGAUCGCCAAUGAUCAAGAAGAACCAAGCGAUAGCAUAAAAAAAGAUUUACAAACUAACGAAGACAUAAUCAAAGAAACUAAUUCAAUAGAAACUUCAGAACCGGAACCACUUUCCUGUCAUGAAUGUACGAAUUGUUAUUCACCAGCUGAUAUUAUCAUUCGUAAAUGUGACGCAGGAGUAACAAUGUGCUAUAAAAUGAGUAAACGCAUUAACAAAACUAGUCUAUUAAUACAUCGUGGUUGCUCGACAUCAAAAGGCCUUUGUACAGUACCCGAAGAUGAUCAAUCAAAUUCAUUCGAAAGUAUAACAUGUUGCACAAGUCAUAAAUGUAAUCAAGCAGCUCACGUUAAACUAUCGCUUUUACUUUCAUCAUUAGGUCUAUUCAUUAUUUUCAUUAUUUUUAACGACGCAUAA